AUGUCUGAUGCUAAGUUGCAGCUAACAGAGCCAGGGAUUUGGACAAAGACUUCUUGGAUCCAGAUAGGAUACGGAAUCUGGGUGAACCAGGUUCUAGUGACGGUGGGACUCGCCUUUGGAUUCUCUGCCGUCGCACUGCCUCAAUUGGACUCACCAUACUCUAAAAUACAUUCUACAAUUAGAAACAAUGCUUGGAUUGCCGGAGCAUUGACUUUGAUGCAACCGAUCGGUUGCCUAAUCUGCGGGUUCAUGAUGGAUCGAUUCGGUCGUCGGAUGAUGAUGAUCCUCUGCAUGAUACCCAUGACCUUUGGCUGGCUUUACACUGGAUUUGCUAGCACCGCCCACGAUAUAAUCCUUGGCAGAAUAGUAACUGGUAUCGGGUGCGGGAUGGCGUCGGCUCCACCGCGGGCUUACGGCACUGAGAUCUGCCUGCCCAGCAUGCGAGGAGUCAUCGGAGUCCUUCCUAGUCUUGCCAUGGCAGCAGGAAUCCUUAUACAGGCCAGUCUAGGCACGUGGCUAGAGUGGGACAAACUAUGUUACAUUUGCGGGUGCUACUCCUUGCUUUUGAUGGUUCUCAACUGGAUGCUGCCCGAGACACCAUACUAUGUCCUCAUGCACGGCACCAUAGAUAAAGCUAAGGCGUGUCUGAAGAGGUUUCGAGCGAAAGACUAUAGAACUGACUACGAGGUAGCGGAGAUGAAGGAGUUUAAGAGUGUUAACGGCAUUCGCUUCCAAAUCGUCUGUAAACCCCUACAUUGGCAAUGUAUUGCUCGCUGCAACCAGAUUUUGUUCCGCUAUCCUAGUGUCAAUUGUUAUAUACAAAUUACGGAGAAGAACUCUAGCUCUGGUUUCUGGUGA